AUGGAUCCGAACCCCAAUGUCUCGUAUGCCAGCUCGGCCUUUGGUUCCACGGCUGCCUCGUCGAUUGCGUCCACAUCACCAGCUGCCCAUGUCUCCGGCAGUCCAUCCACAUCCACCGCAGCCCCUGCUGCGCCCGCAAAACCGGCCAUCAAGCGGAGAGCUGCCAUCGCCUGCCGCGCCUGCCGACGCCUGAGGAGAAAAUGCGUCCAUGACAGGGGGAAGCCGCCUUGUAAAUCAUGCAGAGAAACCGGCCCGGAAGCCGCCAGAGAGUGCGAGUUCCCGUCCCGUGGACAGCCUGACCUUGACCGUGACUAUCGCCACCCUCGCACGAGGGCUGAGCGGCCCAAGAGUGCCGCCGUCAGAGCAAAGCGCCCAGAAGAGCCUCCUGCUGACUCGUGGGACGGCUUGCCGCCUCUAGACGAGCUCAUUGAUGGUGUCAAUCGUUUUACCCGCUACUACUUUCAGCUUGGCUUCCUUCCCAAGAGGCAGUACCCUGAAAAGCUCCGCAUGAGCCAUAAAUCGUGCAACUUAUUUCUCUUGCUGAGUAUACUGAGCGUCUCCGCCCGAAUGACCCCGGCUUUACGCACCAGAUACGGCACCGGCGUCAGGGCCGCCGAGUUCUUCAUGGACCGUGCCUCUUCGAUAGCACAGGAGCAGGUCUAUGCUGAGCCUUCUUUAGAGCGGUGCCAGGCAUUUUACUUGCUCAGCAUUGCCCAGCACGGAAGUGGUUUGAGAAAUCAUAGCUAUAUGAACAUGGGUGUCGCUAUCCGCAUGGCUACUCUCAUGAUGCUGCAUCGAGAGGAGACGUACAAGCUUAACAACCCGACUCCAGAAGCAAUCAUGGUGGCCGAGUCUGCCCGUCGCACCAUUUGGAUGCUGCACAGCCAGGACAAUCUGCAUUCCGGCCCAGUUUCACCUGUAGCGUUAUCCGCUUUCGAUAUUACCACCCUCCUACCAUGCGAUGAAGACGACUUUGCCAAUGGUGUCUUGCCAGCUUCUCGCGCUGCACUAGCCGGAACACAACCGGCCAAGGAUAAUCCUGCUCUCAUUUCUGACAGAAAUCGCUCUCUCUUUGCCACUCUCAUGCAGAUACACAAUCUCUGGGGAACUGUGGGACGGCGUGCUGUAUAUGAUAGUCGCAGUUUGAAGCCAUGGGACUCCGACAGCCAGUUCUCGAAAAUGGCCACAACCCUGCGCGAGUGGGAACGUUCUCUUCCGCCUAGCCACUUAUUUAGCCACGAGCUGCUGCGACGAUACAAAAGCGUAGGAGAGGACUUGGCUUACCUAUGUGUCACAAUGAUGACGAGACUGUGCAAUAUUGUGCUUCGGCGCCCCUAUCUCGUCGAUUUGAUACAGCGUAAAGAGACGCGACAGCAAGCCUUUUUCUCGACCCUGUCUUUGGACCUAUUUCGCAAUGUUCAUGGGCUCUACCAACAAAUUGAGGCUCAAUUUACAGACCGCACACCCGACGAAAGCGUUGGUGCCCAGAUCGCCACCUUUUGUGUCUAUAGCUGCGGCUUAUUUUCUACAUACCUUUGCAAAUACCCGGAAAUCUGCCCUGAUGCCUCUAUCGCGGAAAAGGGCCCCGCCAUGCUGAACAGAACAAUCAAUAUUCUCAACGAGAGCAAAGAGGUCUGGCCACUGGCAAGUCGCUGGGCGGAAUCCUUGGAAAAUUUCCACAACAAUCCCAAGGCUACGCUAUUAACAACCGAGGGAAGUAUGGAUGAGGGGAAGGACCCCAUUCCACGAGCUAUCCAUCCUCUGCCGCCCCCCAUUUCCAAAUCUGCCGAAUCUGUGGCUGCUGUUGCGGCCAUGCCCGAUAGAGCACUGCCUGUGCCCGGCACACAGCCAGGUUCCGCACCCUCCGCGGUGAUGGGCGCUCUUCGCAAUGACCAGAUUCAAAGCUCACUAGGCCCUGGCACUCACGGACAGGCACCAGGCAAUCAGCUCUACACCAACCAGAUAAGCCAGCCGCACUCACCACCACUACAGCAACACCAACCGCCGCAAAAUCGCUCCUAUCUCAGCCAAUACCAGACCAGCCAAUCCCCGCAACCGCGGGCAGACGUGCAACCUGCCCCGCUUCAAUUUGGCAACCAGCCUCAGCAUAACCCGGCAUCGACACUUCGACCCGUAGCCAGUCCAGUCAGCAACAUCCCCGGCACAUUGGGUCAGCCAUUGCUCAGUGCGGCCGACUUGGCAUCGCGUUGGCCACUUGGCGGUGCUGGUGUUCUAUCACCCCCUGUUCCUACCAACCCGAGUCGCCGGCCGCAGCAGCCUGACGGAGUGGGCAUGCUGGUCCCAGGCUUUGCCAACUUGACCCCGCAGCAGCAAGGACCGUUCAUGGAAAAUAACUUGAUGCCAUUGGGCGCCAAUGUGGCUGACCUCUCUUCACAGCAGCCCCUGCUGAUGGAUGGCUUUGAGAAUGAGCUGCUCUUCCAAUUCGAUGGCGAGCACGAUGCUCACAUGAGCUUGCCGUUUGAUCAGUGGCAGCCGACCAACAUCUACACGUAUUCGCCGUACGACCUCACCAUGGACACUGGCUCGUAG